AUGUCGGAAGAGAAGUGGAAACCACUUGCUGGGAGGAAGCUGGACGCAGAGGCCGCGGCUGAGCUUGCGGCUGACUGGUCAGAGGUAGAGGUGAAGCAGGCUAUCAAAGCGCUCGCGGACGGCAAAUCCCCUGGGAAGGAUGGACUCCCUAAAGAGCUCUUUGAAAAGCAUUGGGACGUUCUUGGCAAGGAAUUUCUCCGCAUGGCGCAAUCUUUCGCCGCUUCUGCAUCUAUUCCUACAAGCAUCAAGGAAGCGGUGACCAUCCUGCUCCAUAAAAAAGGCGAGAAGGAGAACCUGGAUACCUACCGCCCAAUCACAUUACUGAAUUUUACGUACAAGGUGUUGGCGUGGGUGGUGGCGAAUAGGAUGAAACCGCACCUGCACAAGGUGAUUUCGGCGGAGCAGUAUGGUUUUAUACCCGGCAGGAGAAUUUCAGAUGCCAUCGGCGUGGUUGCUGACGUUAUUGAUUGUCCUCGCCUUUGA